AUGAAGGGAGAUAAUAAAAUCUCUGAAUAUGAUGCUAAUUGGCCAGCUGGAAAUUAUUGUAUUCUGAAAUAUGGAGCUUGUCCUGGAGGAUUCCAUACAGGUUCUAUCUACUGGGAUGAUCCAACCACAGGGGGAAAUACAAAUAGUAAGUCGGGCACUUUACCAGAUGGCGAAUACACUGCAGAUACAAGAAUAGAUUUCUGUUGCAGAGACGACAGUUUACCAACCCACGCGAUUUAUCUGCCAACGGAAAAACCCUUCACCUUAUUAAGGUAUACCCGCAAUUGUCAAAUAGUACACGGUAUGGCUGUGACUGAACAUGUGAUGACAUGGGGGGAAGAACAAUUAAAAAAUAAGAACUCGGUCUCAGGGGCUCAUCCUUUUGAUGAUGGUGGAGCCAACCGACACAGGUUACAUAUCUGUCAGUAUGCGAAACCAGGUUCCAUCCAACCUACACAUACAUGGGGAACAUUAAAACCUCUUAUUGGAUAA